CGCUGACAGCCAGUCUUCCUAACAGCUUGUCAGGUGACCCGUUUGUGUGAGCUUACACAGGUGUAUGGAAUGACAAUGAGUGAGGAAGUGACGUUGCAGCUCAGGACAGCAAAUACGGAGACGGAGAGGGAAAGAAAAAGUGGAUUUUAUUGUCUUUAAAAAGUGUCAGACCUCAGACUCUGACCCUUCCCUAACAGAUGAAGACAAAAGAAAGACGGUUGCUGAUUUGGAUUAGGAGAGCGAGAGAAGCAAGCCUGCCUGCCGGAAGGUAUUGGAGCUGCACACAGGACUAAAUAAAAAGGCAGAGGUGCUGAACCAUGACAAGCUUCUCGGGUUUCUUCUGGCAGUGCAGAAGCAGGACUGUGCUUUAGGACCCUGCUGAACGUGCCCAGACCCCACCCUCUCCCUCUCUCGCUGUAGCCCAUGCACACCCACAGCACCAUGGGCAGCCCUCCAGAGGUGCUGAACUGGUCCUCUUCUUCUCCCAACCUCAUUGUGGACACGCUGAAGGAAGAGCUACUGCUGAGUGCCAGGGAUACUACCAGCAAGAGCCCUUUACCCCCCCUCCUCUCCCCACCGGAGAUAAUCGAGAACCUUGUCCCCUCGCAGCAGCAGCAGCAGGACCUACCAGAGGAAGUGCUGGUACUGGGGAGCAGCCCCCCAACGACGGCCCUGAUCAGUGUGAGCGAGGACUGCGCGCAGGAGCAACGGCACUUUGACAACAGCGUGCUGCAACUGCAGGAGAACGAGGACCCUGAGCACCCCGUCAGUCCCCCCCCGGGGCACACCUGCGGAGGGAGUGGGGGUGAGGGUGGCCACGGCAACAGCCACACUGGCUGCAGUGGAGCACGAACUCAGGAUGAGUUCAAGAUGCACUUCCACCGGUCAGGCAGCGGCAGCGGCAGCAGUGGCUUCCUGGAGGGGCUGUUCGGCUGCCUGCGUCCGGUCUGGAACAUCAUUGGGAAAGCCUACUCCACGGACUACAAGCUGCAGCAGCAAGAUACGUGGGAGGUCCCUUUCGAGGAGAUCUCGGAGCUGCAGUGGCUGGGCAGUGGUGCCCAGGGGGCAGUCUUCCUGGGCAAGCUCCACAUGGAGGAGGUGGCCAUCAAGAAGGUGCGGGAGCAAAAGGAGACAGACAUCAAGCACCUCAGGAAGCUCAAACACCCCAAUGUCAUUGCCUUCAAGGGCGUCUGCACGCAGGCUCCGUGCUACUGCAUCAUCAUGGAGUACUGUGCCCACGGGCAGCUAUACGAGGUGCUGCGGUCAGGGAGAAAGAUCGCCCCCCGGCUACUGGUCGACUGGUCUACAGGAAUAGCCAGCGGCAUGAACUACCUGCACCUCCACAAGAUCAUACACAGGGACCUCAAAUCACCAAAUGUAUUAGUCACACAUUACGACGGUGUUAAAAUAUCCGAUUUCGGGACCUCUAAGGAGCUGAGUGACAAGAGCACAAAGAUGUCCUUUGCAGGGACUGUGGCGUGGAUGGCACCAGAGGUGAUCCGCAACGAGCCAGUGUCUGAGAAGGUGGACAUUUGGUCAUUUGGAGUUGUACUCUGGGAGUUACUAACCGGUGAGAUCCCCUAUAAAGAUGUGGAUUCCUCUGCUAUCAUCUGGGGAGUUGGCAGUAACAGCUUGCAUCUCCCAGUACCCUCCACCUGUCCUGAUGGCUUCAAGAUUUUAAUGAAGCAAACCUGGCAGGGUAAGCCCAGGAACCGUCCGUCCUUCAGGCAGAUCCUCCUCUACCUGGAAAUUGCCUCUGCUGAUGUGCUCGGCACCCCUCAGGAGACCUACUUCAAAUCCCAGUCAGAAUGGAGAGGCGAAGUAAAGAAACACUUUGAAAAGAUCAAAAGCGAAGGCACCUGUAUCCACCGGUUAGAUGAAGAGCUGAUUCGUCGCAGGCGAGAUGAACUCAGGCACGCUCUGGAUAUCCGCGAGCACUACGAGAAGAAACUGGAGAGGGCCAACAACCUCUACAUAGAGCUGAGCGCCAUCAUGCUGCAGCUGGAGGUCCGGGAGAAGGAGCUCAUGAAGAGGGAGCAGGCUGUGGAGAAGAAGUACCCCGGUACAUACAAGCGACACCUGGUGAGACCCAUCGUGAGGCCCAACGCCAUGGAGAAACUCAUCAGGAAGAAAGGCAGCAUAUCACACAAAGCAGGAAUGCAGGCCAAGAGGCCAGACCUGCUGCGGUCGGAUGGGAUCCCCAGUGUGGAGGUGUUGCCUUCCCACUCGCCGCUCUCAGGGAGCCCCAAAGUAUCCACCCCACCGGGCAAAGCGAGGUACCGCAGCAAACCGCGCCACCGCCGGGGCAACAGCAAGGGCAGCCACAGCGAGUUCACCGGCAUCCUGAUGAGUGUGCCUACCGCUCCAGAGGAGCAGCAGCACCUCGCCCACAACCACAAUUUCCACCACCCCCAACCCCCUCACAGCCACCUUCGCAGAGAGGACGCUGUGGCCAACUGCGCCAACAACCUGCGCUACUUCGGCCCGGCCGCCGCCCUGCGGAGCCCCCACACAGACCACCUCCAGCGGAGGUUGUCCGGCUCCAGCCCCGAUCUCAUCUCUACCACCAUGGAGGCCGACACCCGCCAGAGAGCAGCUUCUGAGAGUGCCAGCCAGAGCCCCCUGUGUCCCUGCUGUCAGGCUCACCCCUACCCUGGUUGUCUGCGCUGCCAGGAGAUGGCUGCGACUACCACAAUGCCAGCCGAGAGACUGGCUGACACCAACGGCCCUGCUCCCAGCCAGCCUGAGCUCCCUGCCUGCUGCCUCCUUGGCUCCUAUGAGAUUCCCAAGCAGUCAGAGCGCUCCGCAGCAGCUUCUGAGGACAGAGAGCAGACCGAUAGUUUCCAGCAGGGAGUCGCUCCCGGCGCCACCCCCCAGCACCUCACCCCGCAGGGCCUACCUCGUAAGCUGCAACCCCUUCGAAAGAAUGGGGACUACUCGUCCGAAGAGGAGGAAGGAGAGGUGGACAGCGAAGUGGAGUUUCCACGUAGACAGAGGCCUCACCGCUGCAUGAGCAGCUUCCAGUCCUGUUCCACCUUCAGCUCUGAGAACCUGUCAGUGUCGGACGGGGAGGAGGGCAACACCAGCGAUCACUCACACAGCGGGCCCUUGGACGGUAUCGGGAACAGCCAGGAGGAACAGCUGGAUGAGCUGCUCUCACAGACCCCCGAGAUCCCCAUUGACAUCUCUACACAGUCUGACGGCCUGUCAGACAAGGAGUCCGCCGUGCGAAGGGUCAAGACUCAGAUUUCUCUCGGCAAGCUCUGUGCCGACGAACACAGCUAUGAGAGCCCACUGCACUUCGCAGAGUCUGACUGUGACACCUCGGAAGCAGAGUGCUCCGAUGCCACCAUUCGCAAUAACAAGCCCUGCAGCACCUCCACCUGGUGAGCAGGGGAGUCCGGCUGACUGAGGCUUCAGCUGAACAGAGACUGCUCAGCGUCAAGGAACAAGAAAACAGGGCUUUUGUAACAAAACUGCAAUAACAGAAGAAAAAACUAAACGGACCCAACCUUCCUCUACCUGCCCCCUUUCCCAUUCCCGAAACCGGUUCCAAACCUAAACAUUGCUAUCAUUUCAAUUACAUAUGGCAGGGAUUACAUAUUGUUGAAUAAUGUAGCUAGUGUAACAUUGAUAAUUUAUUUUUGUUUGACAUUUAAAAACAAAAACAAAACUUUGUACUGUAUAGCGUGGAAUAUAUUCAGACAAUUUAUUGAGAAAAACAGAAAGAAAAGCUGAAUGUGAGUCUUAUAGGUUAUCAUGCGAGGACCAGUCUGUCUGCUUAUGCCAGGGACCAGUUGAGUAAUUGAUAGGUUUCAUUUAGGGAACUUGGAUUUUAACAGUGGAAUACAAAACUGUUAUUAAUGCUGCUGCUGCUUCAUUUUCUCUACAGAAACAAAAAAAACACUGAUGAAUUUUACACAUGAACUUCACUGCAAACCUGAACUUAACCACAGACCUCUCCAGUAUCAUAUGUGUGCAAAUGCAUUUUGUUUAAUGCAUAAUCCUCAAGUACUCUUUGGGGUGGAUCAAACUAAACCACCUGGAGAUUUGCCUUUUUUUUUUUUCUUUUUUUCUUUUUACUUUCUUUACUUUUAUAGAAACAACUCGUCCCUUCCAAGUGCAUACAAGAAGAAAUGAAAAGCCUCAACACCAGCAUGAAAAAGCAGUUUUUUCACCAAGCAUGUCCGCCCAGCUUGUGUUGCGAAACCCCAGAGAUUAGCAUGAACUGUAUCUCGAUAGGAUGUUGCAAACAAGCCAACACACAAGCAGCGAAAACCAGCAAAACAAAUCCACCCCAAACCAAGGAUUUGCUUAGACUUGGAAUGCAGUUUGCCCUCUAUUCUAACUGCUCUGUGGUUUUUACACAUGUUUUUAAUUUAUUAUUUACGUUCAUGAACAAGAACCAAACCAGUGUUGAAUUAUUUUACAGAAGGAAAUUCCAGUAUCUUCAAAGCAGCUCUUUUAAAGACUGGACCAUCAUAGUCUCUGGGUUAAUCAGCUUGGAGACAGUGAGUCCGCCAGCAUAUAGGUUUCGUUUUGUGUUGUUUUUAUAAAGCGAGUUCAGUUCAAGUCCUGGAUAGUUGGUUACAAGAUGCAGCAUCCCUUUGUAUGUACUCCUCAGCUGAAAUGCCUCUCUUCGCUUUCCUUGAUGGUGUAAUUUAGUUGUUGUUGUUGUUGUUAAUAAUAAUAAUAAUAAUAAUAAUAAUAAUAAUAAUAAUAAUAAUAUUAUUAUUUCUAUAUCGAAGGUUUUUUUUUUUUUUUUUUUUUUAAUUUUGGCCUGAUGUUUCACUUAAUGGACUAAACCAGUUGAAUUGCAGAACUAUUCACUAUGCCUGUCUCAAAAUGUUGGUUAAGAAAGGACCCAACCACAUUAUAUAUAUAUAUAUAUAUAUAUAUAUAUAUAUAUAUAUAUAUAUAUAUAUAUAUAUAUAUAAUGCAUGCACAGGCUCCCCAUAAAAUAUGAAUCUUUCUUGAUGGACAAAAAGAAGCAUUUCAGGCAAGCAUAGCAAUUUAUUAAGUUAAGUUUAUAAGCUUUUAUUCAUUACAAAUGUAUAUUGUAAAGGGUAUCGCACAGCAGUAGCAGAGUAGACAUCUAGUAAACCUGGAAAUACUAACUGGACAAUCCUAGUACGGUAACCUUUGAGUCACACUAAUUAUUAUUGCUGAUGUAUAUUUUAGGCAGCAGUGACAAUAUUUAUCCACCAGGUUGAGACAAAUACUAGACAGAUGCAUUGUUUUUAUGUACCAGAAAAGGGAUACUGCAUCUUUCUCAUCUGUAUGAUUGGCUGUAAUUCAUCUCAGGCUUUUGAAAUAGUGAGACAGCUCUCUCUCCCCCCGCCCCCUGUUCAUUAGGGAAUGAAAUCAGAUCACAAACCUUCCACUCAGCACAACAGUUGGAACUCUGACCAGCUGUUCUGGGCUGAAUAGGGCUGUAAGCUGGAGACACUCCCUGGGCUGUCAACAACAGGACUUUCACUCACCAGUCAUUACUGUUGAGAUGAAACCUUCUAGAAAUCCAAAAUAGAAAAUGGCUCUUGCAUGUGGCUAUGCAAACAGUCUAAUGACAGGUUUGAUUGCUAAACCCUUGUAAAAGUUUGCAGAAAAAACAAUUCUGAUACCAUUAUAAAACCCGUAAACCCUAGCAGAACCAUUAGCAAAACCCAGCAUUACCAACACAUUUUACAAAGUGGUCCAGAUACGGUAACAUUACAGUGGAGUACCAGUGUUGGUUCAUACCAUUGGCAUGACCAAAAUAUGCAACUGUUACUGCUGUGGUACUAUUGGCUUAUAGUAAAAUGUAGCUGCCCUUGCACUUUAUUAUUUGUGGGGGUGCUGGUCACAUAAAAAUACAUACAGUCUGAUUUAAUCUGUUUGCAACAUGACCUGGACCUUGUACUCAACACUCAACAGUGUCGACACACAAAUGCAGCUCUUCUGUUAUGUGCAGUUAAGUUCAUGGUAAUGAUGAUGAGGAUGAUAUGCUCCAAGUGAACAGCAGGGGGUACUACAACACCAGUAACACACAUGUAUCAGCACACUACAAAUCACCCUUCAGAAAAAUGUGGUUAGAGAAAAUCGGUUCCAUUACUGUGAAGUGUGCAUACUGUUCAGCACUUCAGAGUACAGUACUGUGGUGAUGACAUUUAUAUGAUACAGUGGAACAUGUAUUCAUACUAACAAUUAAAUCUGAUGUAUUUAUUUAUCAAGGGUCCCAGUAAUCCUCCACUUGCAAGCUUGUGCCAGCUCCUCAGUGAUGUUUUAAUGCAGCUCAUUUGUCUCCACCAAAACUGUUUUACAGCCUAAAGUGAAUUGCAGCCUUUCUCCUUUUGUUUACAAUGUCUUUAGAAGUAUGUAGAUUUUAAAUCAUAGACACUGUAAAUUAGCACAAUGUCUUAGAGUGAAGGAAGAUGUCUUACUGGCACGAAAGUCGUGUUGGUCCAUGUAAAUUAUUCAAUUUUAAAGUUUUAAAUUAAUUUAAUUACAUUUUAAUUUAAUUGUUUGUGUUUUGUAGCUGGCCUACAUCAAGAUCAUUUAAGUUAUGGUGCAAAUCUCAGUUGUAUCUGUAGAUCAGAAGUGUUGUUAAUUUGUGGCCGUUGUUUUUUAAACUGAAUUGCUUUAGUCGUAUCCUGAUGACAUUUCCUAAUAAGUAUUAUCAUAGCGCUGUAUCAGUGAAUGAUGGAAGCUGUCCUGAAUAGGUAUGGAAAGAGCUGUCGGCAUUGGUUUUCAUCAGGGACUCUUGGAAUGUCUCAAUCUCAAGACGUUCCUGUGGGCACUGUUUGAAAUCCAUGUCUUUCUCAUCUGGAAGCCGGGGGUGCAGUCUUGAGUUAGCCACCAGUUAAGUGGAUUUGGCAGGCAGAUCUGUAAUCAUUAUCAUUCACAGAAUUUGCAUAGACUGAAGGUUGAACCUAUCCAGCUUAUCUUCCAAACAGGCUGUGAAUAUCUCUCUCUUCUUUUUAGGCUUCAUUAAAAAUGCCGACAGCCUGAGAUAUGAUCAACCCUUUUCCUCUGUGAUCUCUUGAGCUUUCCCUUGUCUCUCCCACUUUCUCUAACCCUUUGUUUGAAUGGCUUCCUGAUAAAACAAACUGGACUAUGUCAUGUAUUAACCAGUGUACAGUGAUGGAAAUAAGAUGGGAAAUCAAAGCAAAAACAACUGCAUGGAAUAAAAGCCAGUGUACUGUACCAGAAUCAUGUGUGUCAUCUUUCAGAUUGGCGGUGAUUGGUUCACUGUUUGAAUGUGCAGUAAGGGCCUUUUAGAACCAUUGUUUACUAGCUAGGGGUAAAAGAGCACCUCAGACAUUUUUUAAUAUUAAUUUUGCAUUGUGUAUUACAUUAUCUGAUGCUGUUUACUCUCUACCCAGUUAAUUAGGCCAUGCUGUCCUAUUUGAAAGAAUUAAGAAAAAAGAUACAGUGGAUGCAUUCUGAAUGUAUUUAUUUAUUUAUUUAUUUAUUUUUACAACAAUGGUCACACAGGAGUCAAUAUUGUAUUAUUCUGCCAUACGAAUUAAAACGUGUCAUCUCA